AUGGCGCAUGCACACCAACCUAAGGCCAACGUGAACUCCAUCCUGCGCAAGAGCCCGUCUAUCCAGCUAUUUAAAAGAGGAUUGUCUGCUGGUGACCUUAUCCGAUCGACAACCAGCAACAUCAACUCAGAGUUACCAGCUCUCUCAAGCAUGUCUAUCUCGCUGUUGGUUUCGACUAUCUGCGCACUACUAGUGCGCCCCGCAGGAGCGUUCCCCGUCAUUGUGCCGCGCAACGAUGCCGACGUCGUAUCCAACACUUUACGCAAUGCAUGGAUCCACCCCUCAUUUAUUGCGGUUUUACUCAGCAUUGGCGGAGACGUUGUGGCAAAGUCGCUGGCCCAGCUUACAGGGCCUAUCUUCGUCCCAAUCCCAUUCAGUUUUGGGUGGGCAGCCUACUCCCUCAUCGCCCUCAUGUCCGUGGUCGGGGACGGGCGACUCCUUCCGAAACCAGACAACACUGCAAAGGUCUACAACAUCGGGCGCGGGACAUCCUGUGCCAACCAGUCAUGGAUGCUAGGUCGGUUCUUCAGGGACGCACAGAAGCCACUGGAAGGAAAUAGCAUGAUCAUCUCCAUCUAUGGUGGAGGUGCCGCUUUGGAUUGGUGCUAUUACAGCGGCUUUGCGGUGAUCCUCAUCCAAUUAGGCAUUGCAGCCAUUCCAUGCGGCCUUUACGGGGACUACUACGUGCUACUAGUCGCCGGAAUAGCCACCGUCCUCACCCUUCUAACUGCGGCACUUCCCCAAUGGCGGGCCGAGAAAUUCUCGGGACGGCGUGGCAGCAAACAGGCUAUCGCCAUUACAAGCGGAAACGGAUCACCUAACGUAGUCGUCAUCAUCAAUGAAGGCGAGCCGGGUUCCAUUGACCUGGAGGAUCUCGCCUCAGGUCCAUCUCCACUAUUAAAUUAUGGUCCGCCGAACAAGGAGUUGCUUGUCCUCGGUUCCCCAGCAAGGUUGCGCCUCACCCAGAUAGUCUGCGUGGCUCUCGUACUUGGAUGGGUCGCGUUCUUGCUGACGUCCCAGCUGGUGACGCACACCUGGUACCUCCUGUUUGCGGCAGGUCUGGGUACGAUCUUCAACGUGAUCGUUGCGGGCGCGCGACGAUCACCUUCCACUCGCAUGAUUAACGUCGAACAUAUUCAAGAGAUACGCCAACACAAGGAUGCCAACGCUACCAUGAGUGCGGAGCGGGUCGAGGAGGUACGAUUACGCGAGGUCAUGCACACUCUCAUGGAUGCAGAACGUGGGUAUCCAAACCUGGGCAAGGUCUUGUUACCGGAGUUCCAUGGGGCGCUUUUGAAACCCGAGGAGAAGAAGUGGUGGGAUGGAGACCGAAAUGCUUAUGAUGCAGCGAGAAAGAAGGUUUCCUCACGGGGUCUGACACCGAGGUUGAUAACCCGGGUCAAACGUGCGUGUACCGAUGAUGAGAUCGUGACGACUUUGUACUUCUCCUACGUGUUAUGUAUCGCUGUAUACUAUCCUCGAGUACUCGAGUUCCCAACGUAG